AUGGCAAAGCCAAAUUUACUGCUCUGCUUUGACGCCUUUGGCACAUUAUUCAGCCCCAAAGGCGCCGUCGCCCAGCAAUACGCCGAAGUUGCACGACAAUGCGGCAUCACCGAGUUUAGCGACAACGAGCUUCAAUCUCGGUUACUAGCAGCCAUCAAAGAGGAAAGGGAGCAGAACCCAAAUUACGGCAAAGCAACCGGACUAGGAGCCACAAAGUGGUGGACAAAUGUUAUUCACAAGACUUUUACGCCGCUUAUUCGCAGCGAUCAGGCACUUCCCCCUACUCUGGUUCCGAAGCUGAUGCAUAGAUUUUCUUCAAGUGAAGGUUACGAUGCUCAGCGCGAUCUUGUCCCUGCGUUAAGGGCAUUACGACAUGAGAAAUCGCUGCAGGGCUUUGACAAGGUUGUCAUUGGUGUAGUCACCAAUUCCGAUGACCGAGUUCCAAGCAUUCUUUCAUCCUUUGGACUUAACGUUAGUCCGGCGCGGUACGGCUCAGAAGACGAAAUGGAUGCCAACCACGAGGACCGAUAUGACAUUGACUUCCAUUGUAUGUCUUAUGAUGUUGGUGUAGAAAAGCCAGACACGCGGAUCUUCAACGCUGCCGAGCUCAUGCUGUCCCGUAUCAUCGCCGCUCGACACGGCAAGGCUCCUGCCGAAGCCGACUUGCAGAGUUGGCAGAAAGUUUACGUCGGCGAUGAAUACGCCAAGGAUGUCGUCGGUUCAACCGAUGCAGGAUGGAAUCCUGUGUUACUCGAUGUUCAUGGGACGUCUACUCAAGUAACCAGCCUGGAGGACUGUCCACCGCAGGCUCUCCAAGAUCUUUUCAAAGAAUAUGCCGUUGUCAGGGUGCGCUCGAUACGAGGGCUAGCAUCUUGGCUCACGGGGAGGGAGUGGGAAACAAAAUAG